GAUUGAGUUCCUGCCGCCCAAUACGACGUCACUAAUUCAGCCUAUGGAUCAGGGGGUUAUCAGGGCAUUCAAGACCCUAUACACGAGGAAUGCCUUAGCGAACCUGGUUUCUUCCGUGGAUGCCGCCCAAGAAGAUGACGAUUUCAACUUGAAGGCAUACUGGCGGCAGUACACAAUUGCUACGUGCCUCCAAAAUAUCCAGAAGGCAUUACAAGAGAUGAAGCCUGCCACCGUUAGCGCCAGCUGGAAGAAGUUGUGGCCCGAGGUUGUUUACGAAGACAAAGGAUUUACACUUGCCGAAAUCCAACACUCGGCAGUACAGAAAGCUGUGCAGUUGGCUGCGAUCAUUGGAGGUGAGGGCUUUGCAGACAUGACUGCGGAUGACGUCAACGAGCUACUAGACUGCCACUCCCAGCCGCUAACUGAAGAAGACCUCGAAGAGUUGAUAAAGUCGGCGAAAGAAGAAGAAGAGCAGCAAGAAACAGAAGAAGUUGUCUCCCCAACUGGCUUGACUUUGGAACAGCUCGCUGAGAUCUGCAGACUGGCUAAGGAUCUGCAAGAGCGGUCACAGGAAUGGGACGACGAUAUGGUUCGAUCGGUCCAAUUUUGCAACAAGAUCGACGACGUCAUGACCGGCUACAAGCUGCUCUUCAACCAGAAAAAGAAGCAGCGGUAG